UUUCCAUUCCCUUCCUCUUUCUUCCACUUUUAAAACUCAUGGCUGAAUCGCUUCUUUUCAGCUCUGCAGAAUCGCUCCUAGGGAAGCUUGCUUCUGCUGCCCUUCAAGAAGCUUCUCUAGCGUUUGGUGUGCACCGCCAUCUUCAACACAUGAAAGAAACUAUGGGACUCAUAAGAGGUGUGCUUUUAGAUGCCGAGAAAAAGAAUCCGCAGAGCAGUGCCCUGAGCGAAUGGCUGACUCAAAUCAAGCGCGUGUUUUCUGAUGCUGAAGACAUAGUCGAUGAUUUUGAGUGCGAAGCAUUGCGGAAACACGUUGUGAACACCUAUGGUAGCUGUUCAAGAAAGGUACGCCGUUUCUUCUCAUCAAGUAAUCCUGUUGUUUAUCGUCUUAGAAUGGCGCAUCACAUUCAAGACAUCAACACCAGGUUGGCCAAACUUGCAGCUCAAAGAAGCAUGUUUGGCCUUCAAGUCAUUCAUCUAGACACACGUGUCGUGCACGUGAGGGAAAUGACUCAUUCUCAUGUAAACCCUUCCAAUGUUAUAGGGAGGGAAGAUGAUAAACAAGAAAUAAUAAAACUUCUGUUGAAAGAUGAUCAUGGCCAAAGUCUCUCAGUUAUUCCCAUUGUGGGAAUGGGAGGCUUGGGAAAGACCACACUUGCUAAGUUGGUCUUCAAUGACGCCACUAUUAAUGCAUGUUUUCCGUUGAGGAUGUGGGUGUGUGUCUCCAAUGACUUUGAACUUAGGAAUGUGCUCAUUAAAAUCCUCAAUUCUGCUCCAAACCCAAAUAGGGAAAACUUCAAUAACUUUGAGACAGAGCAACUUCAAAUUCAUUUGAGAAAUACACUUGAAGGGCAGAAGUCCUUGCUUGUGUUGGAUGACGUGUGGAACGAGGAUCGUGCAAGAUGGGAUGAGUUGAGAGAAAUAAUAGAUGUGGGUGUUGAAGGGAGUAAGAUCCUAGUGACUACUCGUAGCCAUAAAGUAGCUGCCAUUAUGCACACUAAAUCCUCAAAUUCGUACCUUCUAGGAUGUCUCUCNGAUCACUUCUAA